CCCCCUUUCAUCCUUGCCUAACGGACUGAGGAUUUGCUCUUGGGUUUUGGUAUAUGUUUGGGAGCAACCACGCUGAAUCGGCGCCGAUCGAAACUAUGCCUGUUCCAGAACAGCCCUCGUCUUCUGACAAGACAAGUUCCCUUAGUCCUGUGUUGAACACAUCCAAUGGCGAUGGCUCUGAAACUGAGACAACCUCUGCCAUUCUAGCUUCAGUCAAAGAACAGGAACUGCAGUUUGAGAGACUGACUCGAGAACUUGAGGCUGAACGUCAGAUUGUAGCUAGCCAGCUGGAGAGAUGUAAACUUGGAUCAGAAACUGGAAGCAUGAGCAGCAUUAGGGGGGAGAAGGAAUGGAAAGAAAAGGAGAGAAUUGUUUACAUGGAAAGAGGCGAAGGUGAAGAGCCCUGUGAAGGGGGGUUUCUUGGAAGGAGUUCAACAGAAGAACAGUUUCACUGGCAAACGCAAGAUGGUCAGAAGGAUAUAGAAGAUGAACUCACCACUGGUCUGGAGCUGGUGGACUCAUGUAUUAGAUCACUGCAGGAGUCAGGGAUACUCGAUCCACAGGACUAUUCAGCCAGUGAAAGGCCCAGCCUCCUCUCCCAGAGUGCACUCCAGCUCAAUUCCAAACCUGAAGGGUCUUUCCAGUACUCAGCCAGCUACCACAGCAACCAGACUCUUGCCCUGGGUGAAACAGCGGCUGCCCAGCUCCCGUCGCGCAGCAGUCAGGCCAGAGGUGCCAUCCAGAGCUACAGUCAGGAAGAACUUAGCGCUGCCCUGCCCGCGGCCAGUCGGUCCGUGCGAGGAGCUCCCUCCCUCUAUCCGGAUGCAGAUUCCCCGCUGGAUGCGGCCCGGGGGAGGGCCCGGCCCCGGCAGCUCCUCCCGUACCUCCCGCCCCCUUCGUGCCGCGUAAAUAAGUACGAGGCGGGCGCUUGCCGUGGUGCCGGCGGGGCUUGGCGUGAACUGGCCCGGGAUUCCCCUCCCUCCGCCCCUUUAUACGAGGCCGGGGCCGUGGUUGUGCCGCCGCUGGGGACAGGGAAUCCCCGGUGCGGUGCCUCUCCUCGUGCGGACAGAGAUUGCUGGAAACCGAGGAAAGUUACUCCAUUAAAGCCCUUUCCGUGGCUUCGGCUGCUCUUCUCUAAUGUAUGCAGAAUAAAGGGGCGCGGGCGUAUCUUUGUAUGUAUGUAUUUAUUUGACCCGGGGCUAACCUCUGCCUGGUUUAGAGGUCUGUAG